AUGGACGUCUCGCCUGGCGUGGGCGACGUCCGUGACUUGCUACCCCAGCUCAAGCCGGAGGAGCGGGAGUGGUGGCUGCAGUUUUUCGUGUCGGUGGGUGUGAAGGCCGCGGCUCAGCUCAGCCGUUCUCCUGCCCGUCGUCUUGACGGCGCCGAGCCACCACCGGAGAACAAGCCCAUGGGUUCACCGCCACCAUUCCCUUCCGCACGUCGUCCCCAAGAAAGCCCCCAACCCACCGACCCCGAUCCGCCGGAGCCAGCCCAAUCAGAUCACACCAAGCCGACCCCGCCGCCGCAUCCAGGAAAUGCCACUGCCACCGCGGCGUCCCCGGAAGCUUACGAAUCACCGGCGCCGGCGCCGGAGCCGAAGGUCGGAACAGAGCGGCAGGAGGCCCGGCCGUCUUCGCUCUCCGCGCCACCUGCGCUCGAAGCCACGGAACCAGUGGGGCCCACCUCGCCUUUGCCGCCGCCAAAGGUCGAGGCUUGCCCCGAGGCACCGACCACGGAGGCGUCGCCAUCCCCGUCGCCCCAAAUAUUGGCGCCCUCGGCGGCGGCCGGUACUCCACCGCCGUCGACGCCAUCUAGUCCCCCAGGCGCCCUGUCGGAUGCGGCCCCCGCUGAUUCGGCAGCAAUGGUGUCCAAGCCACCACUGAAGAGUGGACAAGAGGGGUUCUUGCCGCAACAGCAUCCGCGGCCACCUUGUCCUACCAUGCUUCCGGGGUGUGAAAAUUCAGAGCCCGCACAGCCCCCUUCUCCUCGCCGUCCCGCCCCGGCUGGCAUUGCACACGCCUCGCCUCACACAGCUGAGGCCGAUGCAAUCGCAGUGACUUCGAUAGAGCCUGGUGCGUCGUCAGCAUGUAAGAGUGAGGCUGAGGAGUCAUUUGAACUCCCAAUGCCUAUACCGCUUUCUUGGCCGGAAAAAUUCGAAUCUUCAUGGCCGCCACUACCCUCUCCCAACCUGUCAGUCAAAACUACGCACUCAUUCCCAAAUGCAUCCAUGCUGGAGGAAGCAUCGAAUUCACUGACUGCAUUGGAAGCUAUGGAUGCAAGGGUAAACACUGCACCUGGCCUACCACCAUCAUUUGGGUCAUUGCAACAGCCACUGCUGAGACCACCUUCUGCCAUCACACAAGCUGAGCCCUGCUCAUCAGAUAUGCCACCUCCUGGGUCUGAGAGUUUGUCAAGGCUGCCGCCACCCAAUGAGACCACAUAUACCUCGUCCCAUUUGAUUUCCACCAAGGCAGCGACAGUAAAAACUGAGGAAGCGGUUUUGUCGGUGCCAGCAUUGGAGGCAAUACAUGUGGAGACACACGGUGCACGCAAUUUGCUGCCACCACUGGAGAGCAAGGGGGAGGGGUUAUUGAAACAGCCAUUGUUGAGAUCAACUACUCCAGUGACGCAGUCUGAAACUUGUUCACCGAAGAUGGCACCUCACGGGUUUGAGAGUCUUAGAUCGUCAUGGCAACCACUAUCUACUCCUCUGUGUGGGACUGCACAUAUCAUGCAAGAAGCAGCUGCAGCGGAGCCUUUGGCCGUGAAGCUGGAGGAAGAGGCUGGGCCACGACCUGCAUUGGAGGAAAUGGAUGUGGACAUGCAUGCUGUACAUCCUCUCCUGGCACCCUUAGAGAGUGGAAUGGAGGGGUCACUGCAAGAGGAACAUCCUAGACCCCCUUCUCCCAUUGUGGAAGAUGUGCCCUGUUCGCCAGAUAUGGCACCUCCGGGGUUUGAGGAUUUUAAGUCACCACAGCUACUGCUACCGUCUCCACUCUUGGCACAGACUGCAUACACCUGGAACGAUUCAGCCACCAGUGAAGCUGAACAAGUAUCACAGGAAGCUGCUCAGCCAUCGCCUGCACCGGAAGCAAUGGAUGUGAACAUGGAGAUAUCAUUGGAGAGUGGAGCAUUGCCACAACAACUGCACGAGCUGCCAACUCCUGAGGAGAAGAGUACUGCUUGUUCACUCGAGAUGGUGACUUCAGGGCAUGAGAACUUGCAGCUUUUGCCAUUGCCUCCUCUUCUUCCGGAAAUUCAGACGCCUAAGGUCUUGGCUGAUAUGGCUGCCACUGAGUCAGUUAUAGAGGCAUUGGAUCAAGUGCAUCAUCUAGUGCCUCUGCUGGGGGCAAUUGAAGAGGGCACAUCACUCAUUCUGUCACCACCGUUGGAGAGUGGUUCUGAGGGGUUGUUGCCACAUCUAGAGCCACAGGUGAAUUCUUUUAAGACGCAUGCUGUGGACACCAAGCCAGAUGUACCUGCCACAAAUUAUAUGGAUUUGAAGUCAGAAGAAACAACUCAGCCGCUGCCUGCAGUGCAGGCAAUGGAUACAAACAUGGACCGUUCAACUACAGAGCUCCUGCUAUCAGGGAAUGGAGCAGAGGGGACAUCGCCCCAGCGACAGCAUCAGCCAUCUUCACCAAGUAUGCAGGCUGCACCCUGUUCAUUGGGCGACUUGGAACUUCUGCCACCACCACCGCCUCCUUUCCUCAGCAAAGAAAUGGGUCAAAUGGUAUGUGGAAGCUGCCGUGAACUUAUUGCUUAUCCUAGAGGGGCUGUUCAUGUACAGUGUGCUGGCUGUCGGACAAUAAACCUUGUAUUGGAAGCCCAUGAAGUUGGUAAUGUACGCUGUGGACGAUGUGAGAUAUUGUUGAUGUAUCCUUUGGGGGCUCCUGCUGUAAAAUGUUCUUUGUGCUUUUUCGUCAGUGAGAUUGGAGAGCGGAAUGUUCGGCCUCGGAUAUCAGUCCAGCAGGCUGCGCCGCCUCACCCACCAGAGCUGGUUAACCAGGGCUAGUAAUCAAUGUUGGUUCUCUAUACCUGGUUGAUUCCUGUAAUACCAGAAAUCCUGAAACGCAGUCUAAACAAGUAAAAGGAAAACUUGAAAAUGCUGCUGUGGGUAUUCUUGCAGUUUUUUGGCACGGGCAUUUUGCUCGUGUGGGGGCGCGGCCUCGGGGCGGCGUGGUGGGUUGUGUUGU